UUUCAGAAUUUCUUUCAGGGUUUAGAUGGAGUAGAGCUCUGUUUCAAUAGAAACCCUAGGAAUCAAAUCGAGGGGGCAUAUCUGUAUUUUUAAUCUACAGUUUGCUGAUAAAUAUCUUUACUUCCACCAUUUGAAUUCUCUCCUUCAUCUUCUUUGCCGUCAAAACCUUAUCUUCGGUUCAGUUGAAGCAAAAAAAAGCACAACAAAGCGGCUAUGGCUUCUACUGUUGCUACUUCUCUGCUCCUCCCAUCUCUAAACCCUAAUACGAUAUCUUCCGGGAAUUCGAAACCCACUUCUAUUUCCUCAUUUUGUCCUUCUUUCGCUAAGCCAAUUUCGGCUUCAUUUUCUCGCUCCUUGACUUCGUUUGCCUUUCAACCUGUGUCAUCUCGUUUAGGGGCUAAGGUUUCCAUUUCUUCGGAGCUUGGCGAGGAAGAGGCCUUCAGUGAGGAAGAAGAUGGGGCUAGCUUCGCUCCUGACCUCAAACUCUUCGUGGGUAAUCUUCCUUUCAGUGUUGAAAGUUCCGACCUCGCUGGUCUGUUCGGGAGCGCUGGAACUGUUGAGAUGGUAGAGGUGAUUUAUGACAAGAAUACUGGGAGAAGCAGAGGAUUUGGUUUUGUUACUAUGUCAAGUGCUGAAGAAGCUGAGGCAGCCGCUCAGCAGUUCAAUGGCUAUGAAUUUGAGGGGAGGGCAUUGAGAGUGAAUGCUGGACCUCCUCCACCAAAGGAAUCUUCUUUCAGAGGGUCCAGAUUUGGUGGAGGUGGCGCAUCUUUUGGUGUAGGUGGCGGAUCUUUUGGUGCAGGUGGUGCAACAUUUCAUCCAGCCAAUCGCCUCUAUGUUGGUAACCUUCCCUGGGGUAUUGAUGAUUUAGCUCUUCAGAACCUAUUCAGUGAGCAGGGAAAGGUUGUGGAAGCCAGGGUUGUCUAUGAUAGGGAUAGUGGUAGAUCUCGGGGUUUUGGAUUUGUUACUUAUUCUUCUUCUGAAGAAGUUGACAAUGCCAUUGAGUACUUGAAUGGCGCUGAGUUGUCAGGCAGAUCAAUUAUAGUCUCUGUGGCAGAAUCUAAGCCUAGACGUCAAUUUUGAGCACUGGAUUUCUGAUAAAAUCCCCCUAAGAGUGCUAUGGGAUCUGCAAGAUGCAGCUGCGAUUAAUUUUGCCGCUCAAGGAAGAAUUGUAGAACAUGCCCCUUUGUAUUUUAUGGUAGCUGUAUCUGGGCCUAGGGGCUAUCUGGUCUCUCUGAUCACGGGCCUUUGGAUCAACAAGAGCUGAUAGUUUGUGUUCACAUAUCUUGAUGUUGGUUUUGAAUGCCAGAUUCCAGAUAAAAGUGAUAUGUCCAUUUUGAAAAUAUAAAUGACUGAAUGGUUUGAUUUUUCGAUAUUUUAGAAUAAUAAUUGUGCUUGUUAAAUGAUUAUAUUGAAAUGUGAAUCUUGAUUACUCAUCUA